AUGGACGACUCUACGGGUACAUCGAUGGCCAACCGGGACGAGCCCAUUCCCGUCAUUCAAAUCCCGUUCAAUACCGAUGACACGGCACCGCCAGAGACGGAGCAGCAAAAGCUAGGGAGAAGAGAGAGGAUCAAGCAGGAGGCUGAGAGGCUGAAGGGGAAAUUACAAGAUGUUUCGACGCAGUACAAGACAACGCAGGGGAGCGUGCAGGAGAGGCUCUUUAACACGCUACUGGAACAAGUCUUUCCACAAGAAGCCGAAGACGACGGCACGCCCAAGAAGGACCGCCGCUCGAGGCAGUAUGUCGACAAACCCCAGUUCAGUCUACCAGUCAUGUCGGCCAACUUUCGUCGCUUCAAUGCAAGAAUUGGAAUUGUCUUUGUCUUCCAAAAUCAGAUGAUUCGCCUCUUCACCUGGCGCGUACCCACACAUACCUUGUCAUUCCUGGCUGUCUACACUCUAGUGUGUCUGCAGCCCGCCCUGGCUCCCGUCGUCCCUCUGGCAGCCCUUCUGUUCUUCGUCAUGAUCCCCUCUUUUCUAACGCGACACCCUCCACCUCCUAUCGCAAAUCCUUCUUCCUCGGUCGACGCAGCCGCCGCCGAGCAAUAUGCAGCGUAUGGCUACUCGGGCCCGGCCGUUGCUCCUCCCCAGCGUGUGAAGCCUGCUCCCGAGAUGAGCAAAGACUUUUUCCGCAACAUGCGCGACCUCCAAAACUGUAUGGAGGACUUCAGCCGUGUACACGACGGUGCUAUUUCAGUCAUCACGCCUUACACUGACUUCAGCAAUGAGCGUUUGUCCUCGGCUGUCUUUCUUUGCUUGACUGCCCUCGUGAGCAUCGCUUUUCUUGCUGCACACCUCGUACCAUGGCGUGCGAUAUUACUGGUAGCCGGUUGGGCCGCUACAGCUGCAGGUCAUCCCCGCACACAAGAACUCAUCAUCAACGCAAGUUCUCUAGCCCAACUCCAGCUAAUCUACGACCGCAUAUGCGUAGCUGGCAGCGAAUGGGUCGAAUCAGACAUUGUGCUGGACGAGCCCGCCGAAGUCCGCGAAGUCGAGAUCUUCGAGCUGCAAAGACUGCAAAAGCACAGUUUGGGUGGUGACGAAGGUGCAGUGCUCGAAGGAGAAUGGGAAUCUUGGUUAUUCACACCACAGCCAUAUGCACCCACGUCUCCAUCUCGGAUUGCUGGAGCGCGUCCAGUAGGCACUCAGUUCUUCGAAGACGUACAACCCCCGCUUGGCUGGCUAUGGCGAGACAAAAAGUGGACGCUCGAUUUAGGCUCUCGAGAAUGGGUCGAAGAACGUUGCGUUUCUGCUGUAGAAAUCGAAACAGAAGGCGAACGAUGGGUCUACGAUCUCGAGACCCCUGACUCAAAGACUAAGUCGGCCACUCUUGCUCCGCCGAAGAGCUGGGAGGAAGGGCCCACCGUCUCGAAGAAGGGAGAGUGGAGAAGGAGGAGAUGGGUGCGUCUUGUGGAGCGAAAGAUCGUCAAGGUCAGUCCUGAAGAUUGA